GGGUGUUAAGUUUUUUAGAGCACUAGUGCACUACGUGUCCGUGUAAGGGUAGCGAGUCGUCGUCGCAUGACUACGUCAUUAUUAUCAUCGUUGAAAUCGGUGACCCCCUCUCAUCCUCGUCUCCACAAGAAUUAUCCAAUCGAUAUUCUCUCGCGCAGCAGGCUUCCUCACACUAGCUGGGCUGGAGGGAGUGAAGAAUGACCAUCUCUUAGUACUACAAUUCUACAAAGAAGCCCAACAUAGGACAUUUGAUUAUAGUUCUUGAAGUACUUCAAAAACAAUGCUACCAAUUUCAAAAGCUGCAAACCUAUUGGAAGCCAAUCCACAUAUCAUUCCUCGUUCUUCCUCUGCGCCUUGGUGGAAAAACAGUGCUGGCUACACAUCCAUGAUGAUGCAGGGAGAUGCUUGUGAUUCGUCAUCUUCUUCGUUGGAGCAAUCUGUGGAUGACCGAUCACAAUCUGAUGUUGGAUUGAAUUCCACAGGCAACAAUGCUACUGAAAAAACAGAAAAUAAUGCGCCUUCACAUCAAGGUUAGAAGGAAUAUGUGAACAAGCAAAUCAGAGUAUUCGGCUAGUUGCAUCAAUCGUGCCAGAAGGAGGAGAUGAUGAGCACCUUACACAGCCAGUGCAACAACUUGAACUUGAGGGACAUUCAGUUGCUUGUGCUCCAAAUCCAUACAUUAACCCAUAUUUUGGUCAAAUCAUAGCUGCUUAUGGUCAACCAAUGGUACCUCCUGAUAUACUGGAUAUGCAUCACAUGAGGAUGCCGUUGCCACUUGAAAUGACACAAGAGCCUGUUUAUGUGAAUGCAAAGCAGUACCAUGGAAUCCUUCGUAGAAGAGAGUCUCGGGCCAAAGCGGAACUUCAGAAGAAGCUGAUCAAAGUUAGAAAGCCAUAUCUGCAUGAAUCUAGACAUCAACAUGCUCUUAGGAGGGCUAGGGGUUCCGGGGGUAGAUUCGUAAAGAAGUCUGAUUCAUCUGAUGUGUCAAAUCAAAAGGGUUCUGGUGCACCUCUACCCCCCUGCUCCUUUUCUCCAUCAUCAGGUCAAGAAGCACCCAAGCUUCAGUUCAACACAAAUGGUGGCUAUGGAAGGACUCUAAGUUGCUCUCGGGAAUCAAAUUAUCACAGUGUGCGUUCCACUGAGUCUUCGGGUGGGAGUCCGGCGCUUUAACAUAGCUUUGGAAGUGUAGAUGGCGGCAAAUCAUUCCUGGCUUCUCAUAAUUUCAUCUUUUCUUAUGAUCAGAGUAAUUGGAGUGUGUGUAGGACUAAUGGACUAUGAUGAAAGCUUGUUUGUUUAGUUUAGUAGGUGGGAUACAUACAUAUAUUAUAUAUAAAAACUCAUAAUAGAAUGAUAUGAUUUAGGAUGCAUGGGAGUAUAUAGAGAUUGUGUAUGUGAUGCACUCUUGUGUACUUGAAUGGUUAUGUGUUUUCGCUUACGGGUUUGUGGAAAAGAAUCAAAUCCUUUUUUAGUUUAGCCAGAUAUGAUUUUAAGGAUGAAAUAGAACACUAUGAUUGUAAAUAACAUGCUUAAAAUUCAUACCAA